UAAAGGGGGAGGGUCAGCUUCAGAGACAGAGAAGAAUCAGAAUCGAAAUGGCAAAGACACCGCCGCCGCCGCAAGUAGUGGUGGUAGGAGUUCAUGGGGAAUCAGAAACACCUUCCAUUCUCUUGUGGCCAUUCUCGCCACUGUUCUCGUCGUGACAGCCAUUUCUAUGACACAGGAAGGAGGAUUAACAUGGCUGUCCAACACACAAGAGACUGUCUUAUCAUCAUCAUCAUCUUCAUCAUCAAAGUGCGACUUCUUCUCUGGGAAGUGGGUUUUCGACAACGAAUCUUACCCACUUUACAAAGAGGAACAAUGCACGUUCAUGUCGGAUCAGUGGCCUGCGAGAAGUUUGGCAGAGAGGACUUGAGCUAUCAAUAUUGGAGAUGGCAGCCCCACCAGUGUGACCUACCCAGGUUCAAUGCCACAGCACUGCUUGAAAGGCUAAGGAACAAGAGGCGUGUGGGGGAUUCCCUCAACAGAGGCCAAUGGGUUUCCGUGGUUUGCCUUGUUGACGCUGCCAUCCCUUCAUCCCUCAAAUCCAUGCGCACCAUCGCCAAUGGUUCGCUCAGCAUUUUCAGGGCCAAAGAAUACAAUGCCACCAUAGAGUUCUACUGGGCUCCCCUGCUGGUGGAAUCGAACUCGGAUGCGGUCAUCACCCGGGUACCGGAUCGGAUUGUGAGAGUGAAGGCCAUUGAAAAGCAUGCCAGGUACUGGACUGAUGCUGACAUUCUGGUUUUCAACACUUACCUCUGGUGGAAGAGACCUGUUAUGAAUGUCCUGUGGGGCUCAUUCGAUGACCCAGAUGGGAUUUACAAAGGAGUGGGGAUGGUGAGGGUGUAUGAAAUGGCACUGAGGACUUGGUGAUGGUUGGAGGUUCACGUCAAUCAUAACAAGACCAAAUUGUUCUUUGUCAGCAUGUCACCAACGCAUCAAACGGCAGAGGAGUGGGGAGGACAGGAGGAUGAGAACUGUUACAGAGAAGAAAGAAUGAUAGAGAAAGAGGGAUUCAGUGGGAGUGGAUCAGAACCAAGAAUGAUGAGAGUGGUUGAGAGAGUGCUGGAAGAUCUGAGAGGAAGAGGCAUAAAUGUUGAGAUGCUGAACAUCACACAGCUCUCAGAGUACAGAAAAGAAGGCCACCCUUCCAUCUACAGGAAGCAGUGGGAGCCUUUGACUCCACAACAAAUGGCUAAUCCAAUUACUUAUGCAGAUUGCAUUCACUGGUGCCUCCCUGGAGCUGAUGUCUGGAAUCACCUCCUCUAUGCCCAUCUUCUUCCUCAAUGA